AUGUUGACUACAGUGAAAGGCGCCUCCUUGGGACAACAGGGAACAGCUGAAGACAAAGAAGCCAUGAAUAUGCUGGUGGGCAACGCGCAGAACCUCAUGAUAAGUAUCCAAGAGGUGGUUAGCGCGGCGGAGAGCGCUUCAGUCAAGAUAAUGUCGUCUCAGAGAGGCUUCCGAAUGAAGUGGGUCCAGAGGAAUUAUUAUUGA